AUGCACGGCAGCAAGCUCAUCCGUAGAUCAUACUCCGGCCCUCAUCUCACCUGCAUAAAGUACCCUCAAACACUUGAAGUCCUCUGCAAAAUUCACGAUGGCGAGUGUGGCAACCACUCAGGGGGCAGGUCACUCGCCCAGAAAACUCUGAACGUAGGCUAUUUCUGGCCUACCAUGCGCCACGACUCUGCUGAAUAUGUCAAAAGAUGUGAUCGUUGCCAACGAUACAAGCCGAUCCCUAAUCUGCCUGCCGAAGUUUACCAUCCGCAAAACAGUCCAUGGCCAUUCAUGCAAUGGGCCAUCGACUUAGUGGGUCCCUUGCCACCGGCGCCUGCCAAGAAAGAAAUGAUGAUCGUCGCCACCGACUACUUUACUAAAUGGAUCGAGGCCGAAGCUCUAUCCUCUACUAAAGAAGCCGAUGUGGAGCGAUUCAUCUGGAGAAAUAUCAUCUACCCACAAAACACAACAGUUGUCCAUAAGCAGCGUCCUUCGGGAGACGCAGGGCAACGACCAGAAGUGUCCUUCGGGAGACGCAGCCCAUAA